ACGCGCUGAUAGCAGACAGAACUAUAAACUAGUUAAAUUCACUGAUCAGACUGUUUUCGUUUCAGUGAUUUUUAGAAUUUGCUGUGAAAUUGUUAUAUUUUUAUACAUUUUAAAAGGAGAAUACAUUCUUAAUUGAGAAAUUUGAAAAGAACUAAAUGACAUAGCUAUAAUAUUGGAUAACCAGCUGAUGUGUCCUGCUCUGAAGUGUAAGGAAGUGAAAGAUAAAUAAAACAUACUAUGGAGGGACAAUACGUCGUGGCAAUCUACGAUUUUACAGAAGUCGAACCCGGGGAAAUGGAAAUUUAUAUGGGUGAUGUACUUCUUAUCACCAAACAAAUUGAUAAUAAUUGGUUAAAGGGUAAAAUUAGGGGCAAAAGUGGAAACUUUCCUCGAUCGUUUGUUCAAAUGCUAAAUAUACCUACUAACUUGCCUAAUGGACAAAAAUUGUUCGCUUGUUGUACGGAUUAUCAUGCCCAAACACCAGAUGAUCUAACAAUAAUUAGAGGCGAUGUUAUUGUAGGAAAAAGUGCUAUCGACGCAAAUUGGUGGAGGGGUGAGAAGCAAUUUGCGACUGGUGCGUUUCCUUUAUCUCAUGUUUACGAAUUGGAUUCUAAAGAUCUCGGUCCUGAUGACAAAAAACAAUCUUCAAAUUCUAUCGGUAAAGUUAGAGCAAUAACUAAUCUUAGUGCCCAAUUAGACACUGAACUACCUUUAAGAAACGGUGAAAUCAUAGAUGUAAUCGAACAAAUUGAUGAAUCUUUCUUGUACGGAAGAAACGAUCAAGGCCAAGAGGGGCAAUUUUUAAUAAACUGUGUGGAAAUUCUUGAAGGAAAUAUAAAGUUAGAAGAUGAGAAAGAGAAAGAGACCAAGACCAAAUGGUGGGAGAGUGAAGAUAAUGUAGAAACCAAUCCUAUUGUUAUUAGAAAAGAGGAUGAAAUACCUUUUGAAGGAUCAUUAGUAAAUAAUGUAAAAAUAACAAAGGAGUGUGAAAGUACAACAAAUAGUCCGAGAGUGUCAAAAAUUGAAAAGCAGCUGCAAUCAAACUAUGCUCAAUCCAUUUAUCCUUUCAUAGCUAGUCAAGAAGAUGAGCUGUCGUUUAACGCAGGAGAUAUUCUAUAUUUAAAUCGAUACAUAAAUGAAGACUGGAUUGAAGGACAGCUUGGCGGCUCAGUAGGGAUAUUUCCAGCUUCUUUUAUAAAAUUUAUAGAUCCACCUGAAAAAGAUAAAACCAAUGUUCAAGAGAAUCUAAAGGUUCUAUACCCUUACACUGCAACACUCUCGAAUGAGCUGAGUGUUAAAGAGGAUGAAAUAGUAAAAGUCCUUGAACAUUUUAAUAAUGAUUGGUAUGUUGUAGAAAAUUAUUUAGGUGAAACAGGACUUUGCCCAGUAUCUUAUCUAGGAUCUCUAACAGAAGAAAGAAAAUUAGAUGAAUGUACAAGAAGUGGAUCAAAUAACAACCAUGAAUUAGCGAUAAAACGCGAAGAGAGAGAAAGCUUUUUGAAAGAGUCAGUCUCCGUUUCGACAGAAAAUAUCACUUACAGAACUCGUCCAAAACCGGAAAUAAAACCGAAACCUACAAUUAAAAAAUCAAAUGCAAGAUUAAGUGCAUCAUUAGAAGAUAUUAUUGCAAAAGAGAUGGAAGCAGCUGCUGUAAAUGACUCAACACCAAAACCUCCUCUAUUACCUCCACGAAAGUCACCACCUAACCGUUCCGGAGAGAAUAAACCAUCGAAAUCUGUACCAACUAGACCAGCACCUCCUCGCCCUAAUAUUCCUGAAAGAAGAAUUGAACCUAAACGCCCACCUCCAAUCAGAAGAUCUCCAGUUUCCGUCCAAUCAGAUGUAAAUCAAGGCAUGUAUCUUUUAAAAAAAAUAUAUAUCCAGUAUAAGAAAAUUAAGACACCAUUGUACAGAAAUAUUGAGAAGACCUAA